AUGAUACGGAUGAACCUAACGCUGGCUAUUAGAGCCGCACACAGAACACAGAACCGCUGCUACAGCAGAGCUAGCUCGAAGAGGUGGCUCGAUAGGCAGAAACAGGACUUCUACACAAGGGAGAGUAAACUAGAUAAUCUGAGGUCACGUGCUGGAUUCAAGCUGGCUCAAUUGGAUGACGUUUAUCAUGUGUUCCACAAGAGUGUCCCUCAGCGGAUACUGGACCUGGGUUAUGCGCCUGGUGCGUGGUCCCAAGUGGCCCGUAAGAGGACGCACCCCGAUUCUAUUGUGCUAGGUGUUGACAUACUGCCGUGCGACCCGCCCUUCGGCGUUAGCUCUAUGCAAGCGAACAUUUUGUCAAAACGCACUCACCAACUGAUACGACAAUUUUUCAUGGAACAGAUAUUCAUGAAUGAUAGCCAAGUGGAAUCCAUGGCACGUAAUGACUCCGAUACUGAGCAACAACCACAAUUUCCUGUAAAUAUCAUCUUAAGCGACAUGUAUGAACCUUUUCCACAAUUAUCACCCUCUUUGAAUAAUCUUACUAAUAUGCCCUAUUACAGGAUGAGUAACACAUCCGGUCUCAACUUCAAGGAUCAUUUGAAUUCAAUUGAUUUAUGUGAUGCCGCAUUGAUAACUGCAGUAGAUCUGCUCGAGCCAGCGGGAUCGUUUAUAUGUAAACAGUUUUCUGGUGCAGAGACUAGUCUAUUUGAGAAAAGAAUGAAGAAAGUUUUUGACCGUGUUGAAAUAACGAAACCUUCUGCAUCCAGAGAUGAAUCCAAAGAGAUUUACUUCAUUGGUAAAAAGAAGAAGAAAAAUGUAGAUAAGCUGAACGUUUUCUGUUGA